AUGACUCAACAAACUCACGAAGAAUUAUUCAAUGAAAACAUGUGUGGAAGUGGUUUGGCAUUCAAGAAGGUAGUUCGUGAAUUAUUCAACAAUCGUAUUGUUCCUGCAACCAAGAAUCUUCAACAAGUCAAUUCAAAGAUGAUCAUCUUGUUGGAUUGGGCUUCUCUUGCUGCAUUGCCAACUGAAACCAAAUACAAGUAUGUUAGAGAAAUGCUAUAUAUUCCAAUUUUGGAUUUGAAUUUUCUCCCAAAUAGAUAUCUUCUUCUUGCUCUUCGUGUUGAAAUUAAGACAUUUGAUAAGAAGGCAAUUCCAUCAUAUCAGGAAAACAAUGAGAGGAAAGAACAAAUGGAACUAAAAAGGGCAUCUUGGAAUAUUUUUAAGGAAUAUGACACUUUGAAAUCUUUGAUUAUUUUCUCGGUGGUUUUAAGAGAUAUAACUUUGAAAAUUGAUAAUUGGCUAGAUUACAUAUCAUUCCUCUUAUGA